AUGACGGCCCCCAUUUGUCUGGUGGAAAACAACAAUAUGCACCUGUCAGUGAACCAGACAGCUAUACAGAUUCUUGAAAGGAUUUCUCAACCAGUAGUGGUGGUGGCCAUUAUAGGGCUGUAUCGUGCAGGCAAAUCCUACUUGAUGAACCAUCUUGCAGGACGGAACCGAGGUUUCCCUCUGGGCUCUACAGUGCAGUCCCAAACCAAGGGCAUCUGGAUGUGGUGUAUGCCUCACCCCUGCAAGCCAAACCACACCCUGGUCCUUCUGGAUACCGAGGGCCUGGGUGAUGUGGAAAAGGGUGACCCUAAGAAUGACUCAUGGAUCUUUGCCCUGACUGUGCUUCUGAGCAGCACCUUUAUCUACAACAGCUUGGGCACCAUCAACCACCAGGCCCUGGAGCAGCUGUAUUAUGUGACAGAGCUCACAAAACUAAUCAGGGCAAAGUCCUCCCCAGAAGAGGAUGGAACAGAAGAUUCCACAGAGUUUGUGAGUUUCUUUCCAGACUUUAUCUGGGCUGUAAGGGAUUUCACCCUGGAGUUGAAGCUAAAUGGUCAUCCUAUCACAGAAGAUGAGUACCUGGAGAAUGCCUUGAAGUUGAUUGCAGGCAACAAUCCCAGAAUCCAAGCAUCCAAUCUACCCAGAGAGUGCCUCAGGCAUUUCUUUCCAAAAUGGAAGUGUUUUGUCUUUGACCAGCCAAUAAAUGACACAAAACUUCUAGCCAAUAUUGAGAAUAUGCCUGAAUAUCAACUGGAUCCUAAAUUCCAGACACAAGCAAACAAUUUUUGUUCUUACAUCUUCAAGGGAAGGACCAAGACUCUCAGAGAGGGAGUCACAGUCACUGGGAAUCGGCUGAGGACUCUGGUGGUCUAUAUGGAUACCAUCAAUACUGGUUCAGUGCCUUGUUUGGAGAACGCAGUGACAACUCUAGCUGAGCUUGAGGACUCAGUGGCCGUGCAGAAGGCAGCUGACCACUACAGUGAGCAGAUGGCCCAGCGAGUGAAGCUCCCCACAGACAAGCUCCAGGAGCUGCUGGAUGUGCAUGCAGACUGUGAGAGGGAAGCCACUGCAGUGUUCAUGGAGCACUCCUUCAAGGACGACCAGCGGGAGUUCCAGAAAAAGCUGGUGGAACUCAUAAAGGAUAAGAAGGAGCAUUUCUUGCAGCAGAAUGAAGAGGCAUCCAUUGAAUACUGCCAGUCUAGGCUUGAUCAGCUUUCACAGGUCCUAAUGGAAAGUAUUUCAGCAGGAACUUUCUCUGUUCCUGGAGGGCAUGAGCUCUACAGGGAAGCAAAGGAAAGUAUUGAAUGGAACUAUUCACAAGUGCCCAGGAAAGGAGUGAAGGCAAAUGAGGUCCUCCAGAGCUUUCUGCAGUCGCAGGCUUCAAUAGAGGAAUCCAUCUGGCAGGCAGAUAAAGCCCUCACUGACAGGGAGAAGGCCAUAGCAGCGGAGCAGGUCAGCAAGGAGUCAGCUGAAACGGAACAGGAGCUGCUAAGACAGAAACUACUGGAGCAGCAACAGCAGAUGGAGGUGCAAGAAAGGACUCUCCAGGAAAACAUAGUCCAACUGAAAGAGAAGAUGGAGAAGGAGAGAGAAAACAUACUAAAAGAACAGAACAUGAUGUUGGAGGAUAAGCUGAAGGUCCAACAUAAUCUGCUCAAUGAAAGAUUUAGCAAGAAAUAUGAAGAGAUGAAUGAAGAGAUAAAGAAGUUGAAAUACAGGGUUGAUGCUACUAAAAAUAAUGAUACUCUCUGGUUUGCACAAGUCUUGGAGGAUUUAGCAAUGAAAUUGUUUCAAUAUUUACUUCUCCUGUUAGAACACUUGAUAAUAUGCACGGUGUGA